AUGACAACGAAGAACUACCAAAAUGCCCUGGCCUUGGAGUUUGCUGUUAAGGAGAUUGAUGAGAAUGCCAAGAUGUUGCCAAAUAUUUCGCUUGGGUUCCAUGUGUAUGAGAGCUAUUAUGAUGACUGGAUGACCUAUCACGCCACUCUGAACUUGCUCUUCAGAUCCCAUCGAUUUGUCCCCAACUAUAGAUGUGACACUGAAAAGAGUCCAAAAGCCAUCAUUGGGGGACUUAGCUCGGAGAUCUCCUUCCGUAUGGCAGAUAUUCUGGAUCUUCACAAGGUUCCACAGCUCACAUAUGGGUUGUUUGCCCAAGAUGAGAAGGAUAUAAGACAACUCCCUUCCUUUUACCACAUGGUGCUAAAUGAAGCCCAGCAGACCAUGAGGUUAAUUAAACAUUUCCAAUGGACUUGGGUUGGGCUUUUUGUUGUGGAUAAUGACAGCGGAGAACAGUUCUCACGUAGUCUGGAGCCAUCACUUACCCAAAAUGGAAUCUGUUUAGCAUUCAUAGAAACAAUACUAUCCCGCCGCCAUGAGGUGAGCAUGGAUUACUUCAACUAUGUGAUCUCCAGAGCAUACCUGCCUUUCAUAGACAGCAAAGCAAGUGCAGUCAUCCUCUAUGGAAGACCAACAACCAUUAAUUGGCUAAUGACAUUAGUAUCCGUAGCAGGUCCUGGACUUAAGGAAAAUCCUUCACUUAGAAAGGUGUGGAUUAUGGCAGGCCACGUUGAUUUUGCAUUAACGUUCCUUCAGAGGAGUUGGGAUUUUGGAUUCUUCCAAGGUGCCAUUUUCUUCACAAUUCAUUCAGAGAAGCUUGCAGGUUUUCAGAAGUUUCUUCAAAAUGUGAAACCUUGCAGGACAGAAGGAGAUGGUUUUAUGAAGGACUUCUGGGAACAAGCAUUUGAAUGUUCAUUUCCAAAGUCCGAGGAGCCAAUGAAGAGCGAUGGGACAUGUACUGGGGAGGAGAGGCUGGAGAAUCUUCCUGGGCCAGUCUUUGAAAUGAGCAUGACUGGCCACAGUUACAGCAUCUAUAAUGCUGUCUAUGCUGUGGCGCAUGCUUUGCAGUCCAUGUCCACUUCCAGAUCCCGCCACAGACCAACGAUGGAUAGUCAAGGAGCUCUAUUUCAAGAUCUUCAGCCUUGGCAGCUUCACCCAUUCCUUCAAGGAAUUUUGUUUAACAAUUCAGCAGGCGAAACAGUAUAUUUUAAUAACAGGGAAAUGGUAACUGGAUUCGAUAUAAUGAAUGUGGUCACGUUCCCAAACAAUUCCUUCCUGAAAGUGAAAGUCGGAAGUCUGAAUCCCCAUGCUCCUGAAGGACAGGAAUUCAUCAUUCAUGAAGACCGAAUUGUGUGGCCCCGUGUUUUCAAACAGGUGCCCCCAACAUCUGUCUGCAACGACCCCUGUCAGCCUGGAUAUCAUAAGGAAAAGAAGGAGGGGAAGAAAUUUUGCUGCUACAAUUGCGUUCCGUGCCAGGAAGGGAAGACUGCAAACCAGAAGGAUAUGGAUAACUGCAACACAUGUCCAGAAGAUCAAUAUCCAAGCAUGGACCAUGAUCAAUGUUUGCCCAAGAUUGUAAGCUUUCUGUCUUAUGAAGAACCUUUAGGCAUCAGUUUGACUAUUGUUGCUCUUUCUUUCUCCCUGAGCACAUCUUUGGUUCUAGCAAUUUUCAUUAGGCACAAAGAUACCCCCAUAGUCAAAGCCAACAACCGGGAUAUCACCUACACUCUUCUUGUUUCCCUUCUGCUCUGCUUCCUCUGUUCCCUGCUUUUCCUCGGACAACCAAACAAGACGACUUGCUUCCUCCAGCAAUCCGCUUUCAGCAUCAUCUUUACAGUGGCUGUUUCUUGUGUCUUGGCCAAAACCAUCACUGUGGUGGUAGCUUUCAUGGCCACCAUACCAGGAUCCAAUAUGAGGAGGUGGGUGGGAAAAAGACUGACCAACUCAGUUGUCCUUUCCUGUUCACUUCUAGAAGCAGCCAUUUGUGUUGUGUGGCUAGCAACCUCUCCCCCAUUCCCAGAUUUUGACAGAAAGUCCCUGUCUAGGGAGAUCAUGGCUCAGUGCAAUGAAGGAUCCAUCCUCCUAUUUUAUAUUUCUCUGGGCUACAUGGGACUUCUCUCCUUCAUCAGCUUGAUUGUGGCUUUCCUUGCAAGAAAACUGCCAGACAGCUUUAACGAAGCCAAGUUCAUCACCUUCAGCAUGCUGGUGUUCUGCAGUGUUUGGUUGUCUUUCAUUCCGACCUACCUGAGCACCAAAGGGAAAUACAUGGUAGCGGUCGAAGUCUUCUCUAUCCAGGCAUCCAGUGCUGGGUUACUGGCCUGUAUCUUUUUCCCAAAAUGCUACAUUAUUGUUCUGAGACCUGAUCUGAAUAAAAGGAACCAGAUAAUUGGCAGGAAGAAUUAUUAA